AUCACCUAACCUCAAUUUGCUAAAAUGGUGAACAAAAGCAUAACUAAACCCGCAGAGGCGCCCCCACAAUUAUCGGAGGAGGCAGUCGAAUCCUUCGAGGUGGAGCUGUGCUGGUGCAUCAAUCAGCUGAAAACAGCCCUGCGCCUCGGCAAACUAAACGCCAAGCAAAUUCAAGACCACACCAAAAGCCUCAACACUUUGAUGAGUCGCACCGCCCCCUUAAUAAAAAAGCGCCAGGUCAUGAGACUGUCGUUUGGAGACUACCGAAAGAAAAUGGGCGAGGAAGAGAAGCGGGUCAGUAAAGUGGCCCAAAACAUGAAGCUCACGGUGCGGAAACCGAGCACUAAAUCAACAUUCGUACGGAAAGCGUGCGGUUUUAAAUUCAAUUUUGAUAUUGGGGGGGAGACACCUGAGGCAAGUCGCGAUGAAGAACACCCACAGGGUACGCCGCACGAAGAGUUUAGAUUAAUGCCGACUGAUAAUAGUUUUAAGUUUAAUUUCGAAGUUUCCAAUUAAUACAUUUUUUUUAUCCGUCCGUCCGUCUGCCUGUUUCUUACUAAUUUUGUAAAUAUAUUGCUUUGUAAUAUUAAAAUUUGUGGAAGAGA